CCUUAAAAUUGAAAUAUGAGAAGAACAUUACCAGCCUAGCGAUGAGUUCAAAUGAAUAAGACUCGAUGACCUGGAUCAAGUUGAAAAAGCACUCGAAGUUAUCAAUACAUGUAUCAAUGCUUUUAGGACAGACUUGAAAAAUAGAGACAAGAAAGACAAUCCUCACAAAUAUCAAUCUUUCAUCGAUAAAAUACAGGGAAAGAUUGAUAAAAUUGCUUCACAACUAGACUCAAUCAAACAGCAAAAGCAGUUCCUAGAUCAUGAUUCUCUCAUUGAGCAGAUGAUAAGUCUGAUGAAAGAGCUUCAUUUUAGUGAAGACUUUAAACACUUUUGAAUCAGAAAUUACUUAGAAUCUGUGUGAUAUCACCUCAAAAUCAAUAAGAGCAAUAUUGCCAGAUUUGUUCACAAAGAUAUUGAACAAGAAUGAUUCAAAGCGGGAUUGGAGAGGACCCAACGAAGACUUGAAGAUACUAAAAUGAGACUACAGAAUUUCCAGAAGAAAACAGUUAAUAUGAUAACCCUAUCAAAUCAAGAUAAACUCAAACAGUGAUAUGAAAUGAUCACUGAGAGGAAAGGAAGAGAUACCAAGGACUUCAAGAUUCGCCUUGAUUUAUCAGACUCCAGAGAUUAUGAUUUUAUGGCAGCAGUACAAGACCAAAUCCUUCCGGAUUUCUCUCACUUGCGGAUUGAUAAUGUGGGUAAAGAUUUUUAUUUCUUCAAGGACUUUAUAUUCUUCAAUUUCCCUCAAAAUAUUGGAUGACUUUAUCUUAAUUUGGGGUCUAAAAUGUGAGAUGCAGAAGCUAUUAGUGACAUCAUUAUCCACGUGAGCCCAAGAAUAUCUAGGGCAUUUUAUAUUGGUAGUUGUGACAUUAAGCUUCCUCAGAUGAAGAACAUACUUCAGAUUUGUAAGAGAAAUCAAAGAAUUAUUGGGCUUCUGAAAUGAAAACUUGAAUUAGACACAGUCCCAGAUUUAGAGUACUGUUUGAGCAAUUCAGAAAUACGAGAAAUACAUUUAGAUUUUUGAGGUGGACAAGAUUACUGAGAUUGGGAGAAUCAUCCAGAAAGAUUUUCAAACCUAAUUGAAGCUUUUUCGAUGUGAACAGAUUUCAAGUGCAACUUGAAGAAGAUGUGUUUAGGAGGAUGUGGGAUGACAGAAGAACACUACAAGAAAAUCCUCACAAAUUUCGGGUUCAAUAUUAUAAAAAUUUCGGAUCACUUUGUUUCAUUCUCAACAUAA